UGACGAGGGCAAGAGGAGUUGCCGAAAGAGGCUAGCGGAUCACAACCGUAGGCGGAGGAAGCCCCAGCCUCGAGCUUCUUCAGAAGACGAGAACCAUGGACCUUGCAAAGGCCCCGCAGAUGUAGAAGAGAGCUCCAAACGCAAAAAACACUACGAACACUGGCGACACAACGACAACAAACUUUCCUCAAAGCAGGUCAACGCCAGUCGUCGAAGGGGAGACCGAACAAUCUUUUUGAGAUUGGAAUCAAAGAGAAUAUGUCAGCAUUAUAUACUUUAGCAGUCUGGGCUUUUGCAGUGAAUCCAGAGCACUACUCUUCCCCAAAGAUAUGCCUGGCAUGAAAAAGCAGCUCAAAUUAUUUCAAAAGACAGCCAACUUUUCUUGCAUGGGUCCAUGGCUUUGAAGAGAAUGAUAAUAAUGCAAGGAUAGCUUUACAUGCCAGUGUUGCAAAGAGAUGAAUCCUUGGAGCUCAUACAGGCCUGCAGCUCUCUUGCCAAGGCUAGGGAAAUUCACUCCCAAGUUACUGCUUCCCUGCCAAACGUCCGCAGAGAUGUUUUCUUGUGUAACAAGCUCAUUGAGAUGUAUGGCAAGUGUGGGAGUGCUGGAGACGCGCGCAAUGUGUUUGAUUCCAUGGACGGGAUUAGAGAUUCUUUCUCGUGGGUGCUCAUGCAGGUCGCAUAUUCCCAGAACGGGCAUCUUGGAGAUGCCAAGUGGGCGUUCGACAUCAUGCCACUACGGAAUCUCGUGUCGUGGGGCGUUAUGAUGUCGACAUAUUCCCAGCAUGGUUAUCUGGAGGAGGCAAAGGGCCUGUUCGAUUCAGUGCCACAGAGGAAUAUUGUUCUGUGGAACACGAUGCUUUUUGCAUAUUCCCGUCAUGGGCAUCUCGAGGAGGCGAGAUAUGUGUUUGACACAAUGCCCGUGCGAGAUACCUUUUCCUGGACCUCGAUGCUCGUUGGAUAUUCCCACGGAGGCUACCUCGACGAAGCAAAGAGUAUCUACAGCGAGAUGCCACAGACGACUUUAGUCUGCUGUAAUGCCAUGCUGGCAGCAUUUGCCCGGGAAGGCCACGUGGAAGAAUGCAACUGGUGUUUCAGCCACAUGCCAGAGGCAAACAUGGUGACGUGGAACUCCAUGCUGGCGGCAUAUGCCCAAGCGGGGCACCUUGCGGAGGCUAAGCAUCUUUACGAUGCUGUCCCUGAACUUGACCGGUUCUCGUGCACGGCAUUGGUUGCGAUGUACGGACAAGCGCGUCAGCUGGAGGAAGCAAAGCAUGUAUUCGACGCAAUGGCGCAGCGUGACGUGGUGACAUGGAAUGCCCUUCUUGCAGCAUAUACCGGGUCGGGCUAUCUUGAUGAUGCCAAGCGUUUGUUUAGAUAUAUGCCGGAGAGGAGCGUUGUGUCAUGCAACUGUAUGAUCUGGGCCCACACGCAGGACGGUGAUUUGGAGAACGCAAGGUUUAUCUUUGAUAAGAUGCCCGUUCGAAGCCUUGUAACGUGGAACUGUCUAGUGCUGGCAUAUGCCCAAAAGGGGCAUCUGCGAAAUUCCGUAAUGGUCUUUGAUACCAUGCCUAGCCACAGCUGCAUCUCGUGGAGCGCUCUAGUUUCGUCUUACUGGCAAGCCGGUUGUUUUGGAGAUGUAAUAUGUGUGUUUAACUCCAUGACCACUGUGGAGACACCAGACGAGAUAUGCUUCGCAAUGGCUUUGUUUUCUUGCAGUCACUUGGGGAUAAUUUUGCGUGCAAGGAGCUGCUUUGGAUCGAUGUUUGUGGACUAUGGACUGAUCCCCGUAAAGCAGCACUACUGCUGCAUCCUGGACUUGCUUGCAAGAGCAACGUAUUUGCAAGACGCACUGGAGCUCAUCGACAGCAUGCCAUUUGAGAUUGGCCCCCUUGAGUGGGUUUGUUUCCUUGGUGCUUGCAGAACAUAUGGAAGCCUUUGCCAUGGUACAUGGGCCGCAAGUAAUCUCCUUCGCAUGGAUUCUCGAAAUGCGGCUGCUUAUGUCUUGCUUGCAAACAUACAUCAUAAGCAACAUGAUGGAAAAACAUUUGACUUGUAAAUGUUUGUCUAAAAAACUUGAAGUUAUUAAGUAUAAAAGUUUUUAUUUUUUAGAAUUUACAUUUUAAAUGUAACUAAAUAAUAAAACUUUAUAAAGUAUCAAUUGUAUUGAUGCAUUAUAUAGCUGCCUUUGUGUAUCUAAGUUAGUUGUGGCAUCGUCUGCUGCAUGGGUUGAAAAAUACAAGACGAACAUAGAGGAAACUCUCAAGAGAUUAAUCAGGAUGAAACUUCUGACUUGAAGGCCAUUUAGAUUUCCAAUGCUGCUGUGGUGAUCACUUUUGCCAUUUCAUCUCCACUGC